CUACAUAGUGCACACGUACACAAAGUAUGGCGUGAUUUAGGAUUGGACCGGUGAAGCAGUUUCCGUGCGCUUGGGCGAAGAUGGCGCAAGCAUUAUCAGAAGAGGAGUUUCACCGUAUGCAGGCUCAGCUUCUGGAGCUGCGAACACAAAACUACCAGCUCUCGGAUGACCUACGAAAGAACACUGCAGAGCUCAACAAUGUCCGCCAGAAGACCUUGACCUUGGAGAAAGAUUACCUCAAAGCACAAAAGGCACUUAAUAAGAGCAAGAAAGCUCAGGAAGUGGACGCGUUACUGAGCGAAAAUGAGAUGCUUCAGGGAAAACUGCACAGUCAAGAGGAAGAUUUCAGGCUGCAGAACAGCACCCUCAUGCAAGAGCUGUCCAAGUUAUGUUCCCAGAUCGAGCAGCUGGAGGCUGAGAAUAAGAGUUUGCGUGAGGGGAGGAGCCUCCAAGCUCAGGUCCCUAGCCCUGUGUCUGGACCAACAGAUGGAGAGCUUCUACGCCUACAGGCUGAAAACUCCGCCCUGCAGAAAAAACUGGCAGCUCUUCAGGACAGCGAGCAAAACCGCAUGCGUGGAGUAGAUGUAGGUGAUGGGAAAGAGGCAGCGAUCGAGAGACAGACUGACGCCAACGGCCUCGACCAGCUGCACACGGACGCUGCUCGUACCGGUGACGACGCGGCAGCUGUAUCAGCCAGUGACAGACAGGGGACAGGCAUCAGUUUGGAGCAACGAGUAAACGAGCUAAGCGAGGUGGAGCUGAAGCUUCAGACUGAGAUGGAGGAGAAACGAUUACUGAAAGAGCAACUACAGGCCCUGGAGGCAUCCAAACAAGCUGAACUCGCAAAACUUCAAGAAGAGAACGCUAAGCUAUCUGACAAGUUGAAGAAAAAGCAGGAGAGCUUCCUGCAUCUCCAGGGGGAAAAAGAGGCUCUCUAUCAUGACAGCAGGACAAAAAUAGACGAGAUUCAGCAGCGCAAAGAGGACGAGCUGAAAUCCAUCAACCUGCGCGUGCAGAAACUACAGUCCGACCUGACGAACGCUAAUCAGAAUGUUGCUGAGCUAAAGGAGCAGUUGCAGAGCAAGCAGAAAGAGCACGAGGUGGCUCUCCAUGCACUCAAAGAUCAGCUGCAGGUAGCGUGUCAGAGCGCAGUCAGUCAGGAGCAGGUGGAGGGCAUGCUGACUGAGAACGAGGCUCUCAGGACUAACCUAGCUGCACUAGAACAGAUCCAGACAGUAAAGACUCAGGAGCUGAACCUCCUCAGGGAGCAGAGCAUGGCGUUGAAUGUGGAGCUGCAGCAGAGACGCAGCGAGCAGGAGAGUUUACUGGCACAGAAAGAUGACCUCAGCUCUCAGCUACAGGAGUCAAACCGAGCCAGUGGUAGACUUUUGGAACAGAUCUCUGAGCUGGGUCUGGAGAAAGAUAAACUACAGCAAGAUCUAGAAGAAGCCAGGAAGACAGCAGACAAACGCAAGGCCAUGCUGGAUGAGCUGGCCAUCGAGAUGGCAAAGGAGAAGUCGAGGCACAAAGAGGACCUGAGCGACGUGCGACUACAGCAUGAGAAAGAGGUUCUGAGCAUCCGGGCACGCUACGAGAAAGAGCUGCGUGGCCUUCAUGAAGACAAGAGCCGUACGGAGGAGGAGAUCCGUGGCCAGCUUCGAGACGAAAAGGCUCGCAAUAAAGAGCUGGAGGGUCUGCAGCAGAGUGUGGAAGAGCUGCAGGCUCAGGUGCAGUCCAUGGAGGGAACCAAAGGAUGGAUCGAGCGCAGGCUCAAAGAGGCUGAGGAGACUAUAGAAAAGAACAGACUGGAACACACCGAGGAGAUUGAGAGACUGCAGCGAGAACAAGCCCUCCAGCUCGAGGAGAAAUCGAGGGAGUUCGACGCCGUGAAACAACAGAUCACCACCAUGGACAAGGAGAAAGAGGAGCUCAAUAACACCAUCGCUAAACAAAAACAGGAGAUUAGAGACACUGUAGAUGAACAGCGGAUUCUAGAGAAGAAAGGCAGUUCAGCACUGAAAGACUUGAAGCGGCAGCUCCACCUGGAGCGCAAAAGAGCCGACAAGUUGCAGGAAAGGCUACAGGAGAUCCUGACCAACUCCAAGACCAGGACAGGUCUGGAGGAGCUGGUGUUGUCUGAAAUCAGUUCGCCGUGUCGGACGCAGCAGACAGGAGACAGCAGCAGCGUCUCCUCCUUCAGCUACAGAGAGAUGAUGAAGGAAGGAGCUUCAGCACCGACCACCAAUAAGUCCAACACUAGCAGUCCUCAAUCCCAACGACCGGCCGAUCUUUCUGACGACGAGGUCAACGAACUCUUCCAGAGGCUGGCUGAGGUGCAGCAGGAAAAAUGGCUGCUGGAGGAGAAGGUGAAACACUUGGAGGUCAGCUGCUCGUCUAUGGCCGAUGACAUCUGCAAGAAGAGUGCCAUCAUAGAGACUUACGUCAUGGACAGCAGGAGAGAUGGAGGAGGAGCCACGUCUCACGCUGCUCACCAAGGAGAGAGAGGCGGUUUGAGUUCGGUGCUCCGGGAUCUGGUCAAGCCCGGAGACGAGAACCUGCGGGAGAUGAAUAAGAAGCUGCAGAACAUGCUGGAAGAACAACUUACCAAAAACAUGCAUCUACAGAAGGAUCUGGAGAUGUUAUCUCAGGAGAUUGUGCGUUUGAGUAAAGGCACCGAUCCUGCACGAGAUCCUAAGGCCACAGGCUAAUAUAAAUAAAUCACACACACACACACACACAAAAAAAAAAAACAACAUGCCGUGCCUGUCGGUCUGAUAGACCAAGGCUACAGAGAGAUGCUGCACCUUCAUACCACACGGACCGGAUGACUGGAUCGAACCUCACGUCCACACAGAGGAGGAACAAGCGCGUUAUCCCUCGCAAGUCCUCAACCGCUGAAUGUACUUAACACUCUAACACUUUGUGUGUCGUUUUUUUGUCUCUCAUGCUACAAAGAGCAGGGCGGUGUCUUCCUUACUGACCCAGAAUGCUUCGUGUCCUCAAGCUGCUCCGAACCUCUUCGUCCCAAAACUCCUCAUGCCAACCCCACGUGCUCGUCUAUGCUGAGGAGAGGGUUUGUCUGUUCAGAGUUUCUGCUUCACACCAACCGCAGCUUCGUGUUCUCUCUGUGUCACGUGUAAAUAUGAAAAUAGGGACAAUAAAAUGAGUAAUAUUUUUAGUUCCAGACAAUUCUAGGAUGUUUAGUAAUAGCAAGUGAGAAGUGAGCGUCACAAGGAGAGGCCUGCUCCUCGUUAACGUCGGCUAGGUUCGUUACGUCUGCUGUUCAUUACGCCAACAAAUUAAAGUGUUUUCAUAGACAUGCGAGAGCACGUAAUUGGGCUGGUAAUUGUCAGAGCGUUUUGCACGUCAGCUCGGAGCGCUGCUAUGAAGUAAAUCGACCCCACAGCCCCACAGCUUUCGCUCGUUAAGAGCCCGUCUCUCUGUUUCUCUGCCUCGCCGCCUGCUUCGUCGUUUCAGCCGCGUUUUUAGUGCAGCAGGGAGAAUCCUCUCGUUUCACAGCUGCUUUAACUCGAAUGUUAUGACAUCAUUCCGCUUAAACAUAUCAAAGCUUUUUAAUAGGACACGAACGUCAUUUUACUUGGCGCCCGUUCUACGGAGAACGUUAAUCGGACACUACUAACGACACCCGAGCUCAGCGUUUAUGCUCUUUUUAAAAUAAUUCGGCCCGUCAGAGAUUUCCUGUAAACGUCCAUGUCUUGCUGUGUGUAAAAGCUUUGCAUCGUCUUCAGUUAUAAAACUUGAAUUGUUCUGAAAUAUUUUUUAUUAUAAGUUUUUUUUAAAUCACUGAAAUCAUGACCAAAACGCUACUAGGUUGUUCCUCCUGGGGUAAAUAUCUCGGUCCCCUGUGUCCGUAGCGCACACCUGAUUAGCUCUGAACGAACGUAUAAAGCCUGAAUCGGUUCAUUAUUCUCCAAAUCCAAAAAAAAAACUUUUUCUUUCCCUGAUUUUUGGACGAGUGGAAAAGAAAUAAAUAAUUAAAUACAUAUUUAAGACUGCUUAGCCACCGUGAACCCAAAAGCCGCUUCGCCCAGGCUAGUGAUCGUAGUGCAGCAGUUUAGCGCACUAUCGAUACACAUUUUAAACCAAACAAUGAUGUGGUGAACACAAUCACACCCCUUAUGCUCAUAUUACUGAGUAAUGAUCAGAGAGACAGACAUGAGGAAGUUUUCAUAUAAGUGUAAACAAUUACAGCAUUUGACAGACCACCUUACAUAUCCACAGCCACUUACAUUUACCUCAUAAAUACAGCUGAGCAAUUCAGGGUUAAGGGCCUUGCUCAGGGGCCCAGGAGGGGCAGCUUGGUGGCCCUGGGAUUCAAAUUCAUGACAUUCUGAUUAAUAGUCCAGAACCUUAACCACUAGGCCACCACAUUCCUUGUAAACAGUCGGUCCAUUACACACUGAACUCUCUCUCUCUCUCUCUCUCUCUCUCUCUCUCACACACACACUCACACGCGCUUUCUCUCUCUCUCGCUCUCACACACACACCUUCUCUCUCUCACACACACACACACCUUCUCUCUCUCUCUCUCUCUCACACACACACACACACACACACGCACCUCCUCUCUCGCUGUCUCUCUCUCUCUCUUUCUCUCACACACACCUUCUCUCUCUUUCUCUCUCUCUCUCUCUCACACACACCCACUCUCUCUCUCUCUCUCUCUCUCUCUCUCUCUCUCUCUCUCUCUCUCUCUCUCUCUCACACACACACACACACACACACACACACACACACACACACACACACACACACACACAUACACAUACACAUACACACACCUACACCUCCUCUCUCUCUCUCUGUCUGUCAGAUUGCCCCCCCUUCUCUCUCCGUCUAUCGCCCCCCCCAUUGUAUCUUGUAACAUUGUGUCUCUCUCUGAAUAAAGAUCAUAUUCCACAGAUUUAGAGCUUUUAUCAUGUAGAAAUACUCCGAUCGAACAGUUCACACAUCACCGUGGCACAGCUGUAUACUCUCUGACUCUUUGACUUCCUGUAUGAGUGAGUGAGGUUUCAGUAAACGGAUUAAGAGAGAAAGAAAAAAAAAAGAGGAGAAAACGGUCUUGACGUUACUUUAUCGUCCAUGAAAAUCAGACACGUUACAGAUAGGAUAAACAGAGAAAGAGAGGAAAGGCACGAGAGAUGAAGGUGUGUAUUGUGUCCAGCUGUAAAUCUGGUAGCGUUACUGUACGACUGUGCGCUUGAGACGGGUUUAUUCACUUGUUUAAAGAUUUAAGAGAUCACUAAUAUGUUCUGUAUUUAAUACUGGAUGAUUGUAAAAAGACUGCCAUGAAUAAUUGACUUUUAUUCCUUCAUUCCAUUCGAUAUUGUUUAUACUUCAUUUGCAUGUUGUGUAACGUUUUAACGUUUUCUUCCUUGAACACUACGUACAAAGGUUGUGACAGUCGAACGGUGAAAUGACCAGCGAGCUCGCUGCGAAAACCUUCACCUUGAAUAUAGUGACAUAUUCAUAUUAUAGAGUUGUUGUUUUUUUUAUCUUAAUGAAAACGCUUCAAAAUUUUCUCAAUCUUUUCCAUUUUGUUCGUGAAUAUCUUGUCGAUUCAGCUCGACAGCAACAUCACUGUUAAUUAGGAACCGAAAGCAAAAGCAGUACUCAGUCAGAAUUUCCCUUCAGACUUUCUUGUUAUUUAUUCAUCCAUGUUUGUCAGCUGUCAUGUUCGCUGUAGAGUCUGAUUCCUUGACGUCUUGCAGCGUUAAUAAAGAAUGGCUGGAAAUGAAA